AUGCCUCCGAAACGCAAGCAGCCAGCGGCGGCAGCUGCACCUAAACAACCCGCGAAACGAAGGUCGAAGCUCGCCAAAGAGAAUGACAUUACCGCCGACCAAGAAGCAGAGAUUCAGGAAGCCUUCGCCAUCUUCGCACAUCCAGAUGAGGACAACGAGUCGAAAGAAGGCGUCAUUGCCGCAAAUGAGCUCAGAAGAUGUCUGAUCGCCUUGAAUGCACCACCCCAAGAUCAAGACACGCUGAACGAAUACUUGGACAUUGCCGACCCCGACGAGGCUGGGGUCAUCACCUACGAGCACUUCCUACCGAUCGCUGCGAUAGCCUUGAACUCCCGCGACGAUGAUCCGGAUGCUUUGAAUGAAGAAGUCACGAAGGCAUACGGCCUCUUCACCAAGGGCGAGGACCGGCAGAUCACGCUGCAUGAUCUACGAAGGGUCACGAAGGAGCUUCGCGAGGAUGUUCCGGAUAAUAUCCUCAAGGAUAUGAUUCGAGAGGCUACUGCUGGCGCACUCGGUGGGGUCAGCAUGGAGGAUUUUGAAUCUGUCAUGCGACGGGCAGGUGUCUUUGGCUGA